GGUGUAUGAGCGUGCACUGUGUCGGGGGGAGACGCAGGGUCCGUACUGCGCAUGCUCGGCUCCUCACACACGCACUGGCCGUGUCACACACGGGUGAUCUGCUUCCAGGGGAAGGGCACUAUGCGUCCCGGGCUGCGGCUCUACUGAAUGGAUACAGCCGUGCCCGGGCGGUGUGUGGCCCCCAGGAGAGCUCGGGGCCCCUCGGCAUUCCGGGACAUGUGGCUCCUGUGUCUCAUGUUGGGCUCAGUGGAAGGACAGAUGAUACCUGGGAGCAACGGCACGAGAUGUAACAUCCCCGGGAACUUCAUGUGCAGCAGCGGGGACUGUAUACCGGGAAGCUGGCAGUGUGACGGGGUACCUGACUGUUUUGAUGAAAGUGACGAAAAAGAGUGCCACAAGUAUGUAAAAAUGAGAAGGCCGGCGCCCCUGCGGACAGCUAAAGCUAAAUCCAAGUGUGGCCCAAAGUUCUUCCCCUGUGCCAGCGGGAUCCACUGCAUCAUCGGGCGCUUCCAGUGCAAUGGCUUUGAGGAUUGUCCUGACGGGAGUGACGAGGAGAACUGCACCGCUCACCCCUUGCUCUGCUCCGGUUCUCGAUUCCAUUGUAAUAACAAGAUGUGUAUAGACACAAGUUUUGUGUGUAAUGGCAAGAACAACUGUCGGGACAACAGCGACGAGAAGCAUUGCCCUAACUCACAAGAGGGCGCCAGUGAGCAGGAGUACGUGUCUUCUGAGAUCCAGCUUCUCUAUUACCCCAGUAUUACGUACACCAUCAUCGGGAGCUCGGUCAUCUUCGUGUUGGUGGUGGCAUUGUUGGCUCUCGUUCUGCACCAUCAGAGGAAACGUACAAACCUGAUGAGUCUUCCUGUACAUCGGCUUCAGCACCCGCUGCUUCUUUCCAGACUGGUGGUCCUGGAUCACCCGCACAACUGCAGGGUCACCUACAAUGUCAACAACGGGGUCCAUUAUGUGUCUAGUGAGGCCUAUCAGCCUCCUGUUAACAUCGAAUCGCCACCUUCCUAUACUGAGGCAGUGCUGGACGACAACUCCUGUCCACCUUGGUUCUCCCUGCCGCCCCCACCGUACUCCUCAGACGUGGAAACUUCCAGCCAGACAGAACUUCCUCCAUACCGCUCCCGAACGGGCAGCGCCACAAGCACAGGCUCCACAGGGAAUACCCUAAACACCCCCAGCAGCUCUUGGGAUUCGGCCAGCCCUUCUGAAGCCCCGGAAACAGUGUCAUCCCCCAGUGAUUCCCAACUAAAUACCGUACUGGAGGUCUGAAGGCCAUAACACCCACCCACAAUGAAGACGGGUCUACAAGACACUGUUUGGGGGGGAGGG